GCCGUUUAAAAAAGGCCUUUGCUCUGUAUUGUGCACGCGUACAAGCGCUCUAGCUAAAGACAUGUCGGACAUGAAUCAGCUUUGCAAGCUCUUUGUUGGCGGUUUGAACGUCCAAACUACUAAUGACGGACUUCGUGCUCAUUUUGAACAGUAUGGGGCAUUAACGGAUUGCGUGGUGGUCCAAAACGACCAACUUCAGCGGUCUCGUUGCUUCGGUUUUGUAACGUACUCCACUCCCGAGGAGGCUGAUGCAGCAAUGGCCGCUAGGCCACAUGUGGUUGACGGCAAAGGCGUCGAGUUGAAGAGAGCCGUGGCUCGAGAAGAUGCGGGGAAACCCGAAGCUCUCGCCAAAGUGAAGAAGAUAUUUGUUGGCGGUUUAAAAGAGGACAUCGAAGGGGACCACCUCACCGAUUACUUCUCACAAUUUGGCGCGAUAGAGAAAACCGAAGUGAUCACCGACAAAGACACCGGCAAGAAGCGUGGAUUUGGCUUUAUCCACUUUGAAGAUAACGACUCGGCCGACAAAGCGGUCGUGCUCAAGUUUCAUAUGAUCAACGGGCAUAAGGUGGAAGUCAAAAAGGCGCUAACGAAACAAGAGAUGCAAGCAGCCGGUGGUGCCCGGGGCGGCAGGGGGAGAGGAGGAGGAAGAGGCAUGAGAGGAAAUCAAAAUGGCUUCGGUGGUGGAAGAGGAGGCUACGGAGGUGGUUAUGGCGGAGGCUACGGAAGCAGUGAUGGCGGCUAUGGAAGCGGAGGCUACGGUGGUGGUUACGGCGGCGGUUAUGGAGCAAGCUACGGAGGAAGCUACAAUGAUCAGAUGGGAGGCUACGGUGGUGGAGAAGGUUAUAGUGACUUUGGCAGCGGAUACGGUCAGCAGUCGUCCGGUUACGGGCCCAUGAAGAGUGGAAGCACGUAUGGUGCUAGAGGCGGGGGAGCCCCGUACUCCCGUGGCGGCGGGGCCGGUUACGGCAGGGGCGGCUACGGAGCCUACUAAUGGCCACGUGGGAUGGGAAAGACUCCGAAACUUGCCCCCUACAUUCUCUCGAAAUGAUCACAUUCACCCGGCCAUGCAAGCGAUGGCGGACACUGUGAAAAGCAUACCUUAAAGACUUCAAUUCUUAACAGGUAGGAAGAAGAUGUCUUCCCAGAAACCUGACUUGCCCGACCAGCUUUAGUUGUAGGACGUGUUCUGUAUCAUUUAUGUUCAACGUUGAGGGCGUACAGCAAGGUGGCCCCCUAUUGUUUUCUUAUUCUUUUUAAUGCAAACAGUUCGCGCAAGUCUUCAUAAUUUGUCCGCUGCCCAUCAGGUUUUAAAAAUUUUUUUUUCAACAAUGGCCAUUUACUGUCAGUAUGCAUUCCCAGUAGUCUAUCUGCAUGCGAUUUUGUGUCUCUGUAAAACCCACCCCAUCUGUUUCCAAAAUAGUCUAUCCAGUUGGGAUAGAUUAGGUUUCGUUUCAGUCGUGUGACUUUUAUUUUGUAGACUAACAUAAAUACACUAUAUGACACUUGCUGAGUUCAGUUUAACGCUGUAUUGAGUAUCUUUACAUCCAGAAUCUCUUCUGUAUUGUAUAUUAUGUCUUCGGAUCAAACCUGUUAAACAUUGUUAUGCAUCUGUAUGUUACUUUUUUAAAAUAAAACUUUCACAGCUAAUUUAUCCUUUUCUCAAAGGCGUUUGGCUGGAGGACUUAAUGAUAAUUCUGUGUGGCAACCUUUUAGUAAGAACGCACUAUAUUACACACCUUAAUAUAUAAUAAUGGUAAAGUGGUAUAAUAGUAAAUUUAUAAGAGAGUGUCCCGCAGCCGAAAAUAAGUGGGCUAGUGCCAUAGUAAUGUUUUAAAUUAAAGGGUUUAUAUUUACUCUUGAUUCCUACAUUUAGGUUUGUUUUCAGUUAUUCCAGUACUUCAAAAUAGCUGUAGCAGAUUGUUUGUACAGGGAACCUGUUCAGUACCUGGGUUCGAUUGUGAUAGGACUGAAAUAUCUCAUUAGGAUAUCAUCCUUCGAUCUAGGUGGCCUUGGAUGCUGGACUCUACCCACAUCUGCUGUGGCCAUGGAGUUUGGUUAUCUACAAGACCCAUCAACUAGCUUUUGUGUGUGAAAUCCUGUUUUGGUAUGGAGGACUGGGACAGCUGUGGAGUUCUGCUAAAACUAGUCAAGCAUAAAAAAAUCCUAAAUCCAGAAAGUUUUAACUUGCAGUGCAUGUACUGUUUUAAGUGAUUUAUAUUUUUCUAAUAAAUAAUACAAUGUGCUUUUA